AUGCCCUCCAACACCGUCUACGUACCCCUUCUCCUGGCCCUGCUGCACGCCGCCCUCGGCCAGACCGUCACCGUCGGCGAUGACGUCCCCUACGCAGCCCACCGCUGCGUCAAGUACUGCGUCCAGCACCCCUUUGGCGUAGGCACCGACAUUGGCGUCGCCCUCCAGUGCGGCGACCCCUACGAGGAGGACUGCUACUGCGCCACCGAGGACGACUCCCUCACCCUCGUCAGCGAGCACAUUAACAACUGCGCAUCCACGAGCUGUUCGGCCGGCGACCUCACCAAGGACGUGAGCAGCAUGCGCAGCUUAUACGCCAGCUACUGCCGCGGCAAGGGGUACACGCAGGACUUCAUCGAGGGGUGGUACACAGCGGCCACGGGGCCCGAGGCGACAGAGGCGACCACGACCACCACGGACGAGGAUAAGUCCACCAAGACGACAGCGGUCGAGGAGACAGAGAAGGUGAGCGAGAGCGAGGAGGGGCAGGUCGUGGAGACGUCCACGGACACGACGGUGGCCACGCAGACGCGCGAACCGGAGGAUGAGGAUGACAGCGCGUCCAUCUCCAGGGUCAUCGUCAGCCGCACGUCCAUCUUGUGGGUCGACAACACGGCCGAGCCCGACGCCAGACAAGAAGAGGACGGCGGAGGUGGUGUCAACACCACUGCUCUCGGGGCCGGUCUUGGGGUUGGUGUGCCGUUGGUGCUCGCGCUCGUCGGUGCGGGUAUCUGGCUUUGCAUGCGUCAGCGGCGGCGCAAGCAGGUGGCUUCAGAGGAGGAGCAACAACGACCGCCCUCCUACUCGCAGGUCGACGUCGUGCCGGCGGCGGGUGGGACAGGCAAGAAGACUGCGUCGGUGCACAAGGUUGUCGAGACGCAGCAGGACAAGCUGGAGCUCGCGGGCCAGGGGAUCCGGAGAGAGCUUGCUGGGCAGCAGAUCCAUCCCUUUCCUACCCAGACAGUGUAUCCGGCGGUGGUGGUGCCUGGUCAGCACGAGAUGGUGGUGGAGGACCGUCCGCAUGAGAUGCAAGGUAGUGUACGGGCCUCGGAGAGGCAUGAGCUGCCUGGUCAGUAUCACUAUUGA